UCUCCUUGUCUUCAUUGUUUCCUUUCAGUCUGUUCACCCAAGAUGCAACUAUGAAAGUCAUCCGCAAUUGCAAUGAGAAGCCUUGGAGGAGGUUUUGAGGAAAGCGUAUUGGAGAACGUAAGAAACGCGGUCUUUGCUUCCGUGGAAGUCAGUCAAUCUUUCUUUCUUUACGCGGUGGGCGUGAUUUGCCACGAAACACCGUACGUUGCAAUCACAAGUUGAUUUCCGUUCAUGCAUAAAUUUAAAACUAGAGAGGUAGUCAGACAAUAAUCGUAUAGGAGAAGAAACUAAGGAGAGAAAUGACCGAAGAGAUUUACAUGAAGACUGAAAAGAAAAUUUUGACUAUGUAGAGAAUGAUUACAAUGAGAAGCCUUCCUUAUGUUCUUGUAAGUCAAAGCUGAAGCUUCAUUGCAUUGACACAGAUUCAUUUCCAGGUGAAGUAAUUAAUAUCAUAUUAAAUU